AAGGUUCUGAGUGCAAGGAGAGAAAUAGAAUAGAAAAUGAAAGAAAAUGGAAGGAUCUAGGCUCCAAACUCUCCAUGUAUUCUGACCUCUACAACUCUCCAACGUGUCACUCCUCAAAUAUAAAUCGUAGCCCGCACAUAUUUCAUCCCCCCUCAUAAAACAAAUUUAUUCUCGACUCUGCACCUAAGGGUUUGGUGUGAGAAUAUGCAGAGAGAAAGAGGUGGCAGAGACAAUUUCAACUCCUUCAGCAGUCCAUUUGAUGGAUUUGGAGGCAUGAUGUCUAGUAUAUUUGGAGGAAGAGACCCAUUUGAUGACCCGUUCUUUACUCGCCCUUUUCCUAAAUUGUCUCAGUCUUCCAUGUUACAUCCAACAACUCCUGCUGAUGACUUGCAGCAGUUUGCUAAUUCCAAUGGGCCAGUCAUUCAAGAGAUAAAUAUGGAUGAUGAGGGAGAAGUAGAGCUAGAAUCAGCGGAGGAAGAUGGCGUUAAUGGCUCCGAGGAGGAAAGAGAUAGGGAUUAUGCUAACAGAAAUCCACUUGUUGAACAUCCUGAAGACCAAACUGAUGACCAUAGCAAGAGCAAGAGCGUAAGCAAAGACGUGACUCGGAGAAUGGAAGAUAUGAAUUUGGAAGGAACAGAAUCCAAGCCUCAAAGCGCGAGCUAUAGAAGAGUUACAUAUGGUGGAAUAGAGGGGGCAUAUUACACUGCCACCACCACGCGUAAGACUGGAAGUAAUGGAAGGGUGCUAGAGGAGAGCAAGCAAGCAGAUAGAACAACUGGUCAAGCAACACAUAGAAUCUCCAGGGGCAUCCACGAUAAGGGACACUCCUUAACAAGGAAGCUUGCCUCUGACGGCAAGGUGGACACGACGCAGACAUUGCAUAAUCUAGCAGAGGAUGAAUUAGCUGGCUUUAAACAGACAUGGAAUGGCAAUGCUGAUAAGCAUAUUCCUGGCUGGGAGAGUGGGUCUGAUUUGCAUGCAAAUGCAGAUUCUGUGCAAAAACUGUUAGAAGCUGCAGCCCUUAGAUUCGACAUUUCAGAAAAUAUGUAGCAGGAGCUGUUUUCAAUCUCUUAGGAGUUACCAUACCAGUUUGAUAUACUGUUUGCUUGUGAUUUACUGCGCGCUUAGGUGGGAAGAAUUAGACAAACUUUGUGGGCUAUUAUCUGUUUGCUUACGAAGUAAAGCGCUACUUAAAGAAGCAAGCACAAAGAUCAUGCCUGCUUGAAAUCUAGCUCUUGUUUACCCCAUGCACGGGUACCAAUUCUACCAUUCGGGCCCAGUCUGACAGAAAGCAAAGCGAAAAAUGGAACCUUGUCUAUGCCAUCCAGUGACCUGCUAGUUUCUGUUAGCCUUUCAGGAUUUUGCUGGAUGAAAUCUUCCUUUCAUAGGAAGAAGCUUAAUGCAUGUGUGAUCCCUGUAAUUUGCUGUUUGGUUU